CUCGAGGCGAAGCGGGGAGGAAGCAUGGCGCUGGCAGGUUUGUUGUCGGUGUAGUUUCUGCCAUGCGAUUCAGAGCGAAGAUUGUGGACAUCGGAUGUCUCAAUCAUUUUACUCGUGUGAUAAAUACAAUUGCCAAACUAGCCAAGACCUGUACCCUUCGCCUCACAGUGGACAAGCUUUACUUUAUCCUCAGUGACAAAGUGGCCAAUGGAGGUGUUAGCAUGUGGUGCGAGCUCAGCCAGGGGAACUUCUUUGAUGAGUUCCAGAUGGAAGGAGUCACUGCAGAAAGCAAUGAAAUCUAUUUGGAGCUGAUCUCUGAAAACUUCUCCAGAGCUUUAAAAACAGCACAGAAUGCCAAAGCUGUGAAAAUCAAGUUGACAAAUAAACUGUGCCCCUGCCUCACUGUAGCUGUGGAACUGCCAUCCUUGUCAAGCAGUAGCCGCAUUGUAACUCAUGACAUUCCUGUGGGCGUUAUCCCAAGAAAGCUGUGGAAUGACUUCAGAGAGCCCAGUGUGCCAGAUUUUGAUGUCAGCAUUUAUCUACCUGUGCUGAAGACCAUGAAGAGUGUCGUGGAGAGGAUGAAAAACCUCAGCAAUUCUAUCGUAAUAGAAGCAAAUCUCAAUGGAGAAAUGAACUUGAAAAUAGAAACUGAUCUUGUGUGUGUUACAACUCACUUUAAAGAUCUUGGGAAUCCUCCCUGGAUGUCCAAGGAUGGCUCUCAGAACUCCACUCAAGAAAGGGACCCUGAAAGCAUGGCUGAGGCCUGCAUCGACAUUAAGAAACUCCUCCAGUUUCUCGCUGGGCAGCAAGUGAAUCCUACAAAAGCCCUGUGUAAUAUGGUAAGCAAGCGGAUCGUUCACUUCGUCUUGCUCCAUGAUGAUGUUUCCCUUCAGUAUUUCAUUCCAGCCCUUGUAUGAAUCGAAUCGUCACCUCCACCCCGCUCAGUUAUUCUCCCUGCCAACAUGUUUUCUCAAGAUAAUGAAACAGAUACGAAAAUGAAGGAGAAGGAUUUGGUUACAAUUUUAUUAAUCCACUUUAUAACCCAUUUUUGAAUACAGAAAUGUAUAUAUUUAUUACCACCUUAUUUUAUGGUGAAUAGAAUUUAAGUUAAAAUCUUUAUGUUUUUGGACUAUAUAUUUUAUUAAAGAAAUAAUCUCUUGGCUUUUUAA